UUUUUUGGGGGGUUGGGUUGUUUGUUUGUUGUUUUUUUUCAAUUUAUUUUCUUUUUUGCCGGGGGAGGAGAGGAGGGGCUGGUGUUCCCCUCUGUCUGUCUCGCGUUACCUCGCUCGUGUCCUCCGCUUUCUGUCCGUGGUGACGCCCGGGGAAGGACGGGCCGGGCAGGCUCGGGGGCGCUGGUGGGAGCAGAACCCCCCGCCAGCCCGGAGAGGCGACCGCGCCCCUCCCCCGCCGACGGACACGGCGCCGCCCCCCCCGUCAGACACCAAAGAUGCUAACGAGAAAGAUUAAGCUUUGGGACAUUAAUGCCCAUAUAACCUGUCGCCUGUGCAAUGGAUACCUGAUUGAUGCCACUACUGUUACAGAAUGCUUGCAUACUUUCUGUAGGAGCUGCCUAGUGAAAUAUUUGGAGGAAAACAACACCUGUCCAACCUGUAGAAUUGUUAUACAUCAGAGCCACCCAUUACAGUAUAUUGGUCAUGACCGAACAAUGCAAGAUAUUGUUUACAAACUUGUACCAGGCCUCCAAGAAGCGGAAAUGAAAAAACAAAGGGAGUUUUAUCACAAACUGGGCAUGGAAGUUCCAGGGGACAUCAAAGGGGAGACAUGUUCUACAAAACAGCACCUAGAUUCCCAUCGAAAUGGUGAAACUAAAACAGAUGAAAAUUCAAACAAAGAAACUUCUGAGGAAAAACAGGAAGAAGAUAAUGAUUACCAUCGAAGUGAUGAACAGGUAAGCAUCUGCUUGGAGUGCAACAGCAGCAAAUUGCGUGGAUUGAAACGAAAAUGGAUUCGCUGCUCAGCACAAGCAACAGUCUUGCAUCUAAAGAAGUUCAUUGCCAAAAAACUUAACCUUUCUUCUUUUAAUGAGCUGGACAUAUUAUGCAAUGAAGAGAUUCUUGGCAAGGACCACACACUCAAGUUUGUAGUUGUUACUAGAUGGAGAUUCAAGAAAGCACCUCUACUGCUACAUUACAGACCCAAAAUGGACUUGCUGUAAGAGUACUUUACUGUCCUUUUGGACAGAGUUUUUUGCAGAGACUAUCAUCUGGCACCUUCUUAGUGCAUCACUAAUCACAUGACACAAACCAGCUGAAUAAUUUUGGAAGACUCUAGUGCUUUCAUAGCAGACUAUACUUCUGAAUAUUUGUUCUAGGGAUGUGUUACCUAGAUUGCUGGACAGAAAAUAUUUAUACUUUUUUUGUAUGGAAGAAAGAAGUUGCAACUCAACAUGACACUACCAGCACUAAGUUUACAGAUACUGAAAACACUUCACAGUUCUAUGUAGCUCAGCCCAAUUUUAUCUCUUACAGUUAUACAGGAAUAAUUUAGAAAGUUGUGGGGUGAUUUUAAAAUGUUGCUUUUUACACCAAGUUGCAUUUAUUUACUUUUCACAUUCUGAAUCUUUAAAAACUAUAUUUUUGCAAAGUGUUACUGUCUUAUAUAGUAUGCCUGAUUGCAUUGGCUUUAUUCAAGUUGUUCUGUAGAGCAUUUAACAUACCUGAUGAUGUAGUGACUGGUGAUAAUUUAUUAUGCUGCAUUGAAAACUUUUGAAAAUCUGGGAAACCAGUAAGUUCAUCAUUUUUGCCCAGUUAUUGCUUUCCCUGACUUUGUGUUUUAGUAAAGUUUUUAUACUCCCCUAUGCAUGUUGAUUUGGUAAGAUAGAAAUAAUUUCAGUUUAUUUUAAUGUGCCCUGAUAUUUUGCUGUGGCAUAAAUUACACCACAUAAUGACAAAUACUCAAAAGUGCUAGAUUUGUGAACUUUUUUAAAAAAUAAACAUUUCUUAUGUAGCUGUGGCUUGCAGAAAUCAGUUUUUAAUUUGGAGAGAAUUUGCCCUUACCAGCUAUUGAAACACUGAAUCUUGGGCAACUUUGAGUGAUACAGCACAGUUUUCACUUCACUGAUUAAAAAUUCCCCAGAUCAUUAUGAGCAGCUUUAUAUUUCCUUUACUUGUUUUCUUAUGAAACCAUAUAAUUUUCUUUAGCAUAAUUCCUAGCUGUCUUGCUGGGGGGAGGGGUUUGGACAAGAUUAUAUUGACACCUUCUGGCCUUAACUGAUAAUUUUUGCUUGUGGCAGCCCAAAUGAAUGCAAAGUAAUACACAUGCAUGUAUAUGUGUGUGUGUACAUGUGUACACACAUAGAGCUAUGUAUGUUAUAAAAUUCACCCUCAAUAGCACUUAGCAGGGUUUACUGCACUGUUUGUAAGGCGUUUUUUAACAGCUGGCUUUUUUAAAACAGUACUUGAACGUGAUUUCUGCAAGCUGUAUACUGUACAGCAUAUAUGUAUGAUUGUGAGAGUAUUUGUCUGAAACAGGUGUCAAAGUCACUGAAAACAACCUAUGUCAUAUUAUUGGCAGCUAGAAAUAGUUAAUGUUCUAAUUUUUGGAAGAGUUUCCCAGUGAGCUCAAAAUGCUAGUUGCUAUAACUAUUAUUAAACCCUGUUAAUUUUUGGUAAACUGGUUUGGGUAAGAAAACAAGUUUGCCUGUUACUGCCCUGCUCAUUCUAGCUGUGCUCCUUACCCUCUUCUGCUAGGAAAUGUUACUUGUUACUUGCUAACAGGAAGCAGAUGCUGCAAGAGGUUCAUCCAAGCAUUUUAAAUCCUCUUCGUCUGAGUUUUCAAAGCACCACAUUCCUUAGCACAUGUCCCAUAAUUUCGUUUUUGGAAUCUUCAGUCCUCCUUUCUCAGCUCUGCUUCUGCAAAAGGGAUGCUCCAACUUGUUCUUACCUUUUAAAAAAAAGGUUCCUCAUUUUUAAUUACAGUCACAGAUGUGAAUGGCAAGGAAAUUAAAAAGUAUGUCAGCAGAGAAUGAAAAGGAGCCUGCUGAUCUGUGGAGAUGGAAAGAAGAGCCACAGAGGCCAAAAAGUCUUAUUGUCCUUGCAGGUGGGGGUAUAGGGUAGAGGCAUUUGAAUGGUUGGGUCAGGCAAAACACCACAUCUGGACUGGGUGGCUGGGUUUGUUUGUGGGGUGUAUGUGUGCACAUGCAUAUGAGCAAUGGGAUUGUCCUUGGCUCUGGUUUUGUCUUACUGUUUGUGGACUAAGAUAUAUGUAUUUUAGCUUUUUUUCUGUCUUUAACAUUACUUGAACUGGCAGAAGAGGACAAAUGAGAUAGUGGGUCUACCAUUUGUAUAAACUUACAAUGAAGCAGUCAACCUCAGUGAUAUAGAUGUGUACACAGACUGACAUACUGGGCCUCUCUGGAGCUGUUUUUGUGGUUUUUACUGCCCUAGUGUAAGUAAGAGACUGGCUCUAGCCAGUGAAGCACUUAAAGAGUAUGAACAGGGCUGCAGGUGUCCACCCUCUGUGCAUCCUCACUGUGCAGACACUGUCUGUACCUGAUGUAGACGUAAAAUUAAAGCUGCCUGAGAGCAUUCUGAUUAACCACCUUAAUCAGCAUAUAUUUAUAUACACACAUAAAAACAAAUAUAUAUAUGUGAGACCUGUCUACCUCAGAAUGUGUGUACUGCAGAAACGUUUUGUAUUACUAGAUACUGAUGCAGUACUGUUACAGUACGUUGGGAUUUCAGUAUUUUCCUAUGUACUUGUGCAACUGAGAAAUUAUUCACAAACAUGAAAUUCAAAAGCCUUUCAAAUCUAUCUCUUACUCUAGCAAUCUACACUACAGAACAUAUAUUUAUAAGUUUAUAACCGUCAUUAGAAUCACUUGAAUUUGUUAUGGUGCUAUCAUGUUGAAAACUCUUUAUACUUAUAUGGAUACAUAAAUUCAAGCCAGUAUUAAUGCUUACUGCUGGUUUUUUAUGUUCAUAAUUGUGUGUAACUGCUUUUGCAAUGUAUUUAAUCUGAUAAAACCUCACCAGUUAAAAGAAAAAAAAAAACAAAAAACAACAGACCUCACCAAAUACAAACCCACCCAGUUAUUUUUCUAAAUUACAUGUAACAACAUCUUCACUACAGAAACUCUUACCCUCAGGAGGGAUGUGGCUGUGUCUGGACCAUAUGUUUAUUUCCUUUAGCUUUACUAAAAAAACUACAAUGCAAUUGAACUGAGGUCAGAGGGAGGUCCCCUUUGGAUCAGAGCCUUGUUUCACUUCUGUGAAGCUUAAAAAACAGUUAAUUUAUGUCAAGAUUAUAUUGGGUAGAAUAGCCCUGCUUCUGUUCAAAGUUGGACUAAAUGUUGUACUCAGUGUAGAUAUCUCUUAGUUCUAGUGAGAUUAUGUUAGUUUAUUUUGGCUUUCAUGAAGAUGCUAUUACUGUGAAGUAGUUUUCACAAUUGCUUACGCUGGUAAAUAAUUGCAGUAAGGAGGUAUCUUGUCGCAUUAUCCUCAGCAGCUGUGAGACUGACUAAUCACCCAGGCUCAGAGUCUCAUUAAAUAUAGUUUCAAUAAAAAUAGAUAAUUCAGAUAGAAUAUAUAAUAUUGAAUUUAAAUAAGAUUUGGGGUUUUAAAUUUUAACUUUAUAAAAUUAUUUAUUCUAUUUUAAGCCUUCUGUCUUAUUUUACCAUCCAAGUAUUUUUGGUUUCAGUGGUCCAGCUUUAUUUACGGGCAUAUAAAAUGAAAUUGUAAGAUGUUUUUACAAGCUUCUUCCUUUUACAUUGAGUUUGAGUAGCUUUUAUUUGUAUGUUUUUGUUUUGUAUGGAUAAAGAGCAUUACUUAUGCUUUUGUGCAAUAGGUUUGAAACAUGCAUUUAUUAGGCAUAUGUUUAAACUGUAAAUGUAGCAUCUACUUACCAUUAAAUUUUAAAGUAAUGUAGAUGGCUUUUCUCACUUGUUCAAAUGGGUGUUUAUUUGGGGAUAUUAUUUGGGGAGGUUGUUUUUUGAUUUGUUCCUUUUUUAUUUUAAGAGUGAAGUGUGGGAUUUAAAUUUGUGUAAGUGCAAGAACUAUCUGUCAGCAAUAUUUUAAAAUAAAUGAUCUUGCAAGAAACCUUAAUGUGAAUUGUGGAAGCAAUCAGCAAGACUUGCAGCCUGUCUGAAAAUGUUUUGUGCCAUUGUUAUGUCUGGUAUAUUUGUGUACCAUCAAACUUAGGAAUAUUUACUUUUAUUAGUUGUGCAAUAGUAUACACAACACUGUCACCUCUGGGGAUAUGGAACCAUAAAAAUAUCAGACAACAACUAUGAUGGUGCUAUUUUUUUUCCAAUAGGCUAUGAGCCUUUGAAAGCUUAUCUGGCUCUUAUUGUCUUUUUAACAACAUAAUUACUCCUGGGAGACUGAGUGAAUGAUAAAUAUAACCAUACAGCUAGCCUAUUUUAAAGCAUUACACAUCUUACCAUUUAGCUAAAUAUAAUAGGAAGAAGCCAAUCAGUCUGUACAUUAGAGAGAUGAAUCUUAGUAAGUACUUAAAAUGCAUUUUGUACCGAAGGCUUGACUGUACAGAAAAAUCAAGUUUCUGUAUUUCCUCAGGUAAUUACUUCAGUUUGGAUGUUUCAAUGGAAAUGUGAAUGCAACCCACACUUCAGUUAGACUGCCUAAAGUUUAUAACAGGGCAAAAAAUUGUCCCAUACAGUAGAAUAUCUACAUAACUUUCAAUUAACUAAGGUCUUGAGAUCAGUUCUUGCAGUAAAAGGUUGCAGAGAGAACAACAUUAAGGAACAUGAAACAGUGCUUCAGUCUCUGCUUUAAAGCUCUGGUCCUGCUAUUUGAUCCAUGUUUGAUCAUCCUUGGGGAUUCUGGGAAAUCUGUUGAAGCCGCAAUGACCUCUCCAGAUCCUAGUCAUAGGGUAGGAACAAAAUGUCCAAUUCUAUGAAUACUUAUACUGGUAACUUUUCUGUGGAACCAUCCAGAUUAUUAGUAACCAGCUGGAUCAUUCAUGUGAAUUGCUAGAUGUGGCUGAGGAGGGAGCCCUGGGUUUUGAGUACUGAUGUUCCAGUAUUUUUAUUUUUUAUUACUUCAAACACAGAGCAUUGGUUUAAUGGAAUCUUGAAUUCAAGUGACUUAUCUGAACAAGACAAGAAUUUGUUCUUUCCUUCUGCAACAAAGUUAUUUUAUGGUUAAGGGACAAUAAGCCAGUGCAACCACUAAGCCUUUAUCCUUGUAUGUGGCGUAACAAAAAUUCUGAAACUGUCACAGUGUAAAACCAUAUUUUUGGCUUAGCUUCAUUUGAAAGUUUACAAUUUUUAUGCUUUGUGUUGCUGUGUAAUUUUUGUACUAUUGGUGGCUAGUUUUGUCGGAAUAAGCCUUUUGGGAUUAUUGCUUAAUGUUUUGAUUUUAUGAUAGUGAAGCUUGUAUCCAGUGUUUUGCCAAUUAAUAUUAUAUGCUUGUUAAUAAAAGCAGAGAAACUAACUGAAA